CCCACUGCUGACCACUAGACAUCAUGGCUUGCAAGGCACUCAUCUUAGCGGCAGUACUGUCGCUGGCCCACGCCGGCUACCUGGGCGCACCUGCAGUCCUCGCGCCAGCCGCACCCAUUGCUAGGGCUUACGCCCCCGCCAUCGCCGCCGCCCCCAUUGCCAGGGCGUACGCCCCCGCAAUUGCUGCCGCUCCCAUCGCCAGAGCAUACGCCCCAGCCAUCGCUGCUGCCCCCAUCGCCAGGGCCUACGCCCCAGCCAUCGCUGCCGCCCCCGCCAUCCGCGCCGCCCCUGUGGCCGUCGCCGCCCCCGCCGCAGUGGCUGCCGAGUACGACCCGCACCCAGAGUACAGCUUCGCCUACAGUGUCAACGAUGCCCUGACUGGUGACUCGAAGACCCAGCACGAGAGCCGCAGCGGAGACGUCGUCCAGGGCAGCUACAGUCUCGCCGAGCCCGACGGCUCCAUCCGCACCGUCGACUACACCGCCGACCCCGUGAACGGCUUCAACGCCGUCGUGCACAAGGAGGCUGGUGCCCACCCCGCUGUUGCCGCCGCCCCCGCUCCCGUGGCCGUCGCCCACGCUCCCGUGGCCGUCGCCGCUGCCCCAGCGAUCGCUGCCGCCCCUGCCAUCGCCGCCGCGCCAGCGCUGGCGUACGGUGCCGGCCUCGGCUACGGUUACGCGAGGGCGGCAUACGCUGCCCCCGCUAUUGCCGCCGCCCCCAUCGCUAGGGCAGCCUACGCCGCUCCCAUCGCCAGGGCUGCCAUCGCUGCUCCCGCCCUCUCCUAUGGAGGCUACGGAUACGGCGGUCUGGGAUACACGAAAGCUAUUCUUGGUUAAGCACCAUCUUCAUCAAUAGUCACUCAUUUGCAUCUUGAAUAUGCUCAUAUGUUAUUGCUCAUGUUUCUGUAAGUCUGAAAUACUUUACAAAUAAAGUUAUUGUUUAUGUUA